AGCGUGUGGGCUUGGUUAUAAGUAGCAACUGAGCCAGGCCCCUCUUGCCACAUUCUUCAUGCCAACCACUAUUGCCGUCGAAGAGAGCCCCGCUCAGCAGAGCUCACGAAAAGACCGCGCCGCUGCCGGGAAACCCGCGCACUGGGUCGGCAGUCGACCCAAUCACUUCGUUAACCCAUGGCCGAGCUUCCGGACUCAUGAGACGAUGGAUUUCCUGAGCUUGGCCCUCAAGACCAUUCCGCAGACCACGAAGGGUCCGAAUCCAGCCCACAUUGCGCAAAUUCCCAGCCAAGUUCCCACGUGGGGAGCCAGUGCAGCUGCCGAGAACGCCGGGAAAAUCAAGGCGACGUGGCUGGGCCACGCCUGUUUCCUCGUCGAGCUUCCUUCCGCUCCGGGAGCACCGCGGGGUGCGAGGAUCUUGUUCGAUCCGGUAUUCAGUGACAGGUGCUCGCCGAGCCAGAUAGUUGGACCGAAGCGUUUCACGCCUCCACCAUGCAAGCUGGAGGACAUUCCCGAAUUCGAUGCUGUCGUCAUCUCGCACAACCACUAUGAUCACAUGGACACGGCAUCCCUGCGCAACUUGCUCGCACGCAAAGUGCCCUCUCCUGGACCGCACGUCUUCGCCCCGCUCGGAGAGAACAACGAAGCGUAUUUCAAGUCCCUCGGUGUCCCAGAAUCACGGACACACUGCCUGGAUUGGUGGGAUGGCCGCCGUGUGAGUGUCGCUGGAGACCAAGGCCUGGACAUGAAAUUCGAUGUGACAUUCACACCCGGGCAACACUUCACCGGCAGAGGGCUGAUGGACCGGUUCAAGACGCUGUGGGGUGGAUGGGUCGUCGAGAAUGUGACUGAUUCUGCUACUCCACCCGCCAAAGUCUACUUCGCGGGUGACACGGGCUACCGUUCGGUUCCUUCUGAUACCGACGAAGGCCCUGACAGCUUGCCUGUCUGUCCUGCUUUCAAGGAGAUCGGGGAGAAAUGGAAUGGAUUCGACUUCGCGAUGAUUCCCAUUGGCGCCUAUGCACCGCGCAAGUUCAUGUCCCCCAUCCACUGUGGCCCGCGCGACAGUGUAGCGCUCUUCAAAGAUCUGCGCGUCAAGAAGGCUCUCGGGAUGCACUGGGGGGCCUGGGUGCUGACGACCGAAGAUGUCCAUGAACCACCUUUGCGCUUGCAGGCUGAGUGCGACAAAGCCGGUAUUCCGCAUAAGGAUUUCGAUGUUUGUGCCAUUGGAGAGACGGUGGUGUUUGAUGCGGGCAGUUGAUUCAUUUGGUCGCGGUUUCAGUCUGUUUCUGUUACUUAUUCAUGUUGCUUGCGCGGUACACAUUCAAAUUUGCGGUCGAAUUGAGAUGGCCAGUGACAAGGG